CAGAAAUUAGAGAGUUGAGAAAGAGAACUUACGGCCUCUCAGUGAGAAUGAGAUCCAAGCAGUGGGUCGUAAUGCUUUCUGGGACUUCCGGCGAAAGACUAGUUUUUGCAGAUAAUUCCUUCGUACCCAAGAACGGAGGAAGAUGAACCAGUGAACGAUAAGAAAGAGUAUACAGCAAUCUCAUGGCUUCUUCUCUUGGCUUCACUGCCAUUCAUUAUCUACAUUCUCAUGGACGUCUCUCUCCUCCAGCCCCAGCAAGCUAUUUCCCAGUUUCACAUAUUUCAAUGGUCAUACCCUCUUUGUCAAUUAAAAAUAAUUACCAACUCAUGAAGCUCAAGCGCCCUGUGAGAGCUUCACUUGAAGGACCAGAUGAGUUAAUUGAAGAUUCAAAAUUUGUUCCCCUUAAUGCUGAAGAUCCUAGAUACGGUCCACCUGCUUUACUAUUGUUGGGAUUUGAGUUGGAGGAAGCAGCGGAGAUACAGCAGCUUUUGAAAGAAUUGGAUGGGGAAUUCAUGGAGGUUAUUUAUUGUACUGAAGACAUGAUUCCUCGUUCCUUAUGGGAAGCAGUGAAUACAAGGCAACCUAAUUUGGGAUCACUGAAGAUUGCUAAGUCAGUACCCAGGAUCUGCUUCUUAUCUGGCCUUAGUGGAGAGGAAAUGAUGAUGUUCAUUGAUGCCUUCCCGGAAGCUGGGCUAAAACCAGCUGUAUUUGCUGCUCUUGUUCCCAACAGUGCUAAUAAACCAGUCCAGGAACUGAUAGAAGAGAUCAUGGGGGAUCAUGAAAUGCUGACUAGAAAGAAAUCUGGGUUGACUUAGAAAGAACGAAAUUCAAGGUGGAACGUUGUCUCCUUCCAUGGCCAAGUAGUUUUCGAACUUUUAGACAGUGAAAUGCAAACAGGUGAACGCUGAACAUAGCAUUUCCUUCUAUUCUUUUUUUAAAAAAAUAAAUAAA